AUGCCAGGCCUCCAUCUCAGCCGGGGGCUGCUGGUCCUUCUGCUGCUCUGGAUCCUGUCGCUCGCCGCUGAUGCAGCCGGUGCUGCGAGCGCAGAACGAGGGGGACGUGGAAGAAGCCAGAGAAGAGGAGGAGGAGGAGGUGCUGAGAAGAAAAAGAGGUUCCACCGCAUCCAACAUGGACAGUGCAGCUACACCUUCAUCCUCCCGGAGCUGGAGGGAUGCCAGGCCGCAGGAUGGGCGACGCAGGCCGAACAGUUCGGUGACUCUCGCAGGUCGAGCUUCGUGCAGAGAGACUCGCCUCCAUCAGACGGAGAGUGGUCGGCUCAGAAGCUGCAGCACCUGGAGAGCACCAUGGAGAACAACACGCUGUGGCUGCAGAAGCUGGAGAACUUCGUACAGAGCAGACGAGACAUCAGCAACACACCGUCACACGUCGUGCACAACCAGACGGCCACGAUGCUGGAGAUCGGAACAAACCUCCUCACGCGCACGGCAGAGCAGACACGCAAACUCAACGUGGUGGAAGCCAAGGUGCUGAACCACACGUCUCGGAUUGAGAUCCAGCUUCUGGAGAACUCUCUGUCCACCAACAAGCUGGAGAAGGAGCUGCUACUCCAGACGACCGAAAUCAGUCAGCUGCGAGACAAGAACAGUCACCUGGAGAGUAAAGUUCAGAUGUUGGAGUCUCGGCAGAGAGGAGAGCUGGAGGACAUGAAGGAGCACAAGAGCCGACUGCAGUCUGUUGUCAGGACUCAGAUGGUGGCCAUCGAGUCUUUAGAGAGGCAGCUGAGAGUCGCCAGCAGCAACAACACGGCUCUGCAGAGGCAGCAGGCUCAGCUGAUGGCGUCGGUCCACACACUCAUUAACAUGGUGGCUAGUACUACAGCGUCACCUCCUGGGAACCAGAUGUGGAGGGACUGUGCAGACGCCUAUAAGGCCGGUCACUCUGUCAGCGGAGUGUACCACAUCUUCAUCAGCAACAGGACUCAGCCUGUGCAGGUGUACUGUGACAUGGAGACGAGCGGAGGAGGUUGGACGGUUUUCCAGCGACGGUUUAACGGCAGCGUGGACUUCCAGAGGAGCUGGAGGGAGUACAAGAUGGGUUUCGGGGACCUGUUGGGAGAGCACUGGUUGGGUAAUGAAGUGUUGUACCUGCUGACCAGUCAGGGUCAGUACUCUCUAAGGGUGGACCUGAAAGACUGGGAGGGAAACCCGGCCCACUCCCAGUACGACCGCUUUACACUGACCAGUGAGAGGCAGCAGUACAGGUUGUAUCUGAGAGGUUACAGUGGCACAGCAGGGAGGCAGAGCAGCUUGACCACCCAUGGGACCAGCUUCAGCACCCGAGACCAGGACAACGACAACUGCGACCACUGCAAAUGUGCCCUGAUGCUCACUGGAGGUUGGUGGUUCGACGCCUGUGGUUUCUCCAACCUGAACGGAAUGUACUACAGCAUCGGCCACAACAUCAGGAAGCUUAACGGUAUCAAGUGGCACCACUUCAGAGGCCCCAGCUACUCUCUGCGCUCCACCGCCAUGAUGGUUCGACCCUACGACUUCUAGCAGCACCCCUCAGCCUUCAUGAUGGAACAACCCAAUGGCACCCCUCCAAUGUGACUCUACAGUCCGACCCCUAAGUCCACUACCUUGAUAGUACACUUACAACAACACUUCUUGCAUCCACAAGGGUACAAACAUGACUAUAGCAGACAGUGAGAAUCACAGCUUUAAUCGAUCGGCAUGGUUGGAAAGUUUUGCCGGAUGAGUUGUUUUAUCUAAACACGCCCGAGAUCCACGAGGGUCGUAAAUGUGAUGCUCAAAAUGAACCAGUUCAUUCAUUGAGGGGUAUUUGGAAAUCAAAGGCGUUUCUCAAUCACCACAAUCAGAGGCGGGGUUGAAACGCCAACCGUCACUGAUGGAGCCAGUCGCUUCAAACAGACGUUCAAAGUGUCUUUACACGUAAAAGGUGACAGAAAGAAUUGUGAAAACUGAGAAUCAGCAAGAGGGUGAAAGCCUGCAGACUUUCUCUGGCCAACGAAUGGCACCAAGUAGGCGUCAAGGGAUCUGUGAACGUCACUAAUCCUUUGUACCAAAACUUUUCCACCAUCUGCUGAGAAGCUCCCAUGGCAGCUACGUGGCACAGACCUUUCUGACUUUGGAGAAUCUCGACUUCAACAUAUCUCUGCAGGUGGGGUUUUUUCUCGAGGUUAAUCCCCAGUUUACCUUUUCCAGGGGUCAUUCUGCUUUAGUGAUUGUCUGUUGGCAGAAGAUCGUAUCACCCUCUUCCACUGCGGUGAAACCUCCCUCUCUGACAGUGUCGCACUUUUUAAAGAAAACUAAAAUGCAGAGACCUACAAAGCCGCUUGUGAUGCUCACAACCUCCAGAGGAGAUCAUGAGAGAAGAGGUGAUGCAGAGCAGAAGGUCCUGUGAUGUUGCGUUUUCUGGCUUCGGAUUGAACAGGUGAACUUUCUCUCUGUAAGACAAUCACAGUUCUGAAUAUCUCCAGGAGGAUGAUACAUGACAUCACACCAAGGAGGCUUCCAGUCUGAGGAAUGAACUGGUUGACCAGAAGUUCACGAAGACACAAAGAAUUAAAAUUCAACGAAAUAUGUGAUAUGUGAUAUUUGACUGUGAUGUUGAAGUCCAUGAGAAAGUAACAGGGUACGAGAUUGGACACGAACAUUUCUAAGAAAACUAGAACUAUGUUUACAGGAACAACACAAUCAUGAAAUGAGAGACUGUCCUGUUGCAUGAACUGGAAAUGUGUCCGAAAAGUCGCCUGGUUCAAGACCCUGAGGUGAUUUAGAGUUGAGUCAAUCAGGGACAGACAGUGGUUUCUGUCUUCUUUACAAUAAAGUAAAUGAGUAUUUUCCCCCAAAAUCUCAAACUAUUGCUUUAAAAACACGUUUUACUGGUGUUGAUCAAACUCAACUUCAGAAUUUGGUGGUUGAUGAUCGUGAAGAGAAGCCUUUGCAGGUUUCACAGCUUGAGACGUCACAUGUUUAUCUGUCAGAAUGCAUAAGUCUUAUUAAAAUGCACUUUACGAAAGAGAACCUGAGUGUUUGAUUUGACCUUUGCCCUCAGUGUAACUGUGUGUUUUGUGUUGAACGAUUCUGAAAACAGUAACAAAUUACACUUGUUUUACAGGUUUUAAAUAGUUGUUUUGAUUUACUGCAUGUGUUUCAAAGCUUGUCCACUUAACUGUUAACAGUUUGUUUUGUACAAUAAAAUAUGUCAAUAAAGCGUCACUGCUCUUUCUGUCAGCCGUUAUGAUCAGAAGUAAAAGUCCCUCCUGGAAUUAUGUUGUUUAGAAUGAAUGAAUAAAUGCUGCCUCAUACAUUUCAAUAACAGUUCAUAAACAUGUUUUAGUAUGUGUCAAGUGUCUGCAGAAUUGGACUCAUUUUAUUAGUAAAGACUGACAACAUGAUGGCCCCAAAAGUGAAGCCAAACCUACCUGCUCGCCCCCUGGUGGCUGGCUGCAGUAUAGGCCGCCUCCUCCAUGUUAGCAGAUGUGAC